CAACCGGAAGUUGCUUUCCUGGCCGAGCGGCGGUGAGGGAGGAGUAGUGCGCGCGGAACGUGGGUUGAACGUUGCGAUUUGGUGUGGCGCGCAAGCUGGAACAGGAGUUCGGACCGGCCCGGUACGAAGAAGGGGAGUGCUCGGGGCAGGGUUCAUUGAAAAAUCCUUAGUGAUAUUGACAUGUUUCAAGUGACAUAAAUUAGCCAAAGACUCGGAAUGAUGGAUUCUUCGAAGAUUGGAAAUGGUUUGCCAGUGAUUGGACAAGGGCCUGAUAUAGGGAUAUCUUCACUCCCCAUGGUGGGGUAUUUGGGAAAAAAUUAUGAUUCAGCUAAAGUUACAUCAGAUGGAUAUUGUCCUGCUUGUAGAGAGAAGGGAAAGUUAAAAGCAUUAAAGACUUACCGAAUUAGUUUUCAAGAAUCUAUCUUUUUGUGUGAGGAUCUGCAGUGCAUCUAUCCUUUGGGCUCUAAGUCACUUAAUAAUUUAAUUUCCCCUGAUUCCGAAGACUGUCACACUCCAGAUAAGCCUCAAAAAAGAAAGAUCUUGGAAACUAGCUGUAAAGAUUUAUCUGUUUUAUCAAAUUCUAAAAAGACUAGAACUCAUAUUUUUACUGGUGAUAAACAAAUUUUAAAUAGAGAGCAUAAUGGAGAAGUAUGUACUGAACUCUCAUCAGAUUCAUUGCCUGGUAGCCUUCAACGCGAUUCAGUUGGGACAGCUGAUGCCUUGGGACAGAAUGAGACUUCGGCAACUGAUAAUGUUGAUAUGGCUACUGAAGAGCCCGCCACAGUUGAUGUUUCUGGAACUGGGGAAAUUUCUUCUCGAAGUGAAGGAUGUUCAUCUGAAUGUGAAACGCCACUGGAGAGAACAUACUCACUGUGCCAGACUUCAUGUGUCCAGUGGAGAAAUGCUAAUGCGCUGUGCUGGUUAGAUUCUAUCCUGUCAGUUUUGGUGCACUUGGAAGCCUUGAAGAACAUUGUGACUGAAUUGUGUUCUAAGGACUCUGUAUUUUGGCGGUUGUUUGAGAAAUAUAAUCAAGCAAAUAAGCUCCUGUACACCAGUCAGUUGGAUGAAGUUAAAGAUGGAGAUUGUAAAAAACUUACUUCAGAAAUUUUUGCAGAGAUAGAGACCUGUCUGAAUGAAGUCAGAGAUGAAAUUUUUACUAAACUUCAGCCCCAGCUUAGAUGCACAUUAGGUGAGAGAGAAAGCCCUGUGUUUGCAUUUCCUCUGCUCUUAAGAAUAGAAGACCCCAUUGGAAAGCUCUUCACGUAUUCUUUUUCCUGGAACUUUGAAUGUUCACAGUGUGGGCACCGAUACCAAAACAGAUGUGUGAAGAAUCUCGUCACCUUUACAAAUGUCAUCCCCGGGUGGCACCCGCUUAAUGCUGCCCAUUUCGGCCCGUGCAACAGUUGCAACAGUAGAUCACAAAUAAGAAAGAUGGUGUUGGAAAAAGUGUCUCCCAUAUUCAUGCUGCACUUCGUAGAAGGGUUACCGCGGAAUGACUUGCAGCACUACUCGUUUCAUUUUGGAGGCUGUCUUUAUCAAGUAACAGCCAUAAUUCAGUACCAAGCCAAUGACCAUUUCAUAACGUGGAUUUUACAUGCAGAUGGUAGUUGGCUGGAAUGUGACGACCUAAAGGGUUUGUGUGCGCAAAGGCAUGAGAAAUUUGCAGUUCCCGCUUCAGAGAUACAUAUUGUUAUUUGGGAAAGAAAAACAUCCCAAGCAACAGAUGAAGAAGCUGCCUGCCCUCCACUUAAGAAGACUAAUGAUCAGCAUGCUUCCGGGGAAGAGAGACCAGCAACUCCAGCAUCGCGUCCUCCGGCCCGGGCUGCCUCAGCAGAGACGUCUUCACUCACUCUCCCCACGUCUGCGGCCCCUGCUCCUCAUAGCCUCCCACAGGACAGAGCUGUGGCUCAGGAAGAUCACAGACAUUCAGAUCCAAGAGUUUUGGCUGACAGUAAUGUUUUACCUCUGACACUUGAAGGCUCUGUCUGGAAGACUGCCUCAGUUUUUCAGGUUACCACUGAAGCAUUCCUACCCCAAAACACACCUGUGGCAGAAAAUACAGGGCUUAUCAAAACAAACACUUUGCAAUUGCAGGAAUCACCAGUGGGUUCUUCAGUGUCAGCUCCAUGUAAAGAAAAACUUACCCAAGCCCAGCUUGUGGGCUUAAGUUUCCCAUUGCAAGUUGUAAACACAAACACACAGUUGGAACUGCUGAAUACAGAACAUGCUGCAAUUACUCAGCCUGUGAAUAACGCGCAGGCUGCUGGUCUUGUCCAGGGAGUAAAGUCAGGAGAAGUUGCAAAGGACCCUGAGUUAAAACAGACCCUUUCAUGGAAAACUGAGAAAUUAAAACCAGAAACACCUUCUGUAUCUCAGGUAUCGAAUUUGAAGAAAAAAGCCACAGCAGAUCCACAGUCUGUGACCGCCACAUCAUCACAGAAUCAGCCCCCAAAAGAAAAUCAGAAGAAACCAUUUGUGGGCAGUUGGGUUAAAGGCCUGCUAAGCAGGGGUGCUUCUUUUAUGCCCUCCUGUGUUUCGGCUAAUAAUAGAAACACUAUAACUGAUUUGCAGCCUUCAGUUAAAGGGGCGCGUAAUUUUGGUGGCUUUAAAACUAAAGGUACAAAGCAAAAGGCCAGCCACAUAUCAAAGAAAGCCCGCAGAUGUGCAGAUCAGCUUCCUGCAGUCCGCAACCCCCAACCAGAUCUUCCACCUUCAGGGAAUACAGCUGCUUCUCCACGCACAAGUGAGAAUACCGCUUCAGAACCUCCGCUGGAGCUGGACAGGGCCUCACGUGGAGCUCACCUCAGUCACCCUUCUCCCGGAAGGGAAAAUGGGGUUUCUUCAGCAAACCAUGGGGACUUGGCUGAAGGUCAGAUUCAUAAGCUUCGUCUGAAACUUCUUAGAAAACUAAAGGCAAAAAAGAAGAAGUUAGCUGCCCUCAUGGCUGCCUCUCAAUGUGGAGGAAUUCCUAGUGAAAAUUUAGAAAAUGGGCCCCAGUGUGAGUCUCCAAAUGAUUGUGAAUCAAUAGAAGACUUGUUAAGUGAACUGCAGUAUCAUAUUGAUGUUGCAGACAGUAAAUCUGGAGGUACCAGUGUUUCCUCAUGCAAUCAAAUGCAUGAAGAAAUUUUAGCAGAAUUAUUGUCUCCAGGUAUUUCAACGGAGCUCUCAGAAACUGGGGAGGCCGAUGUGAAGUAUUUGGAAAUGGGAGACAACCAUGAUCCAGCCCCAGAACCCACUGAAUUAACUAAUGAUCCCCAGAACAUACAUCUGAAACAGGAGCACAAUUAUUGCAGCCCGACCAAGAGGAGCCAGUGUGACGCUCAGGCAGUCCUACAGAUAAACAAUGCCUGCAUCAGGACAUUAAACUUGGAGAGCCCCGUGAAGACUGAUAUGUUUGAUGAGUUUUUUCCUACUGCGUUAACUUUGGCAAAUGACACCUUCGACUUAACUCAUUUUGAUGAGUAUCUGUUUGAGAAUUAUUGAAUAUUUGUAAACUCUUUAAUAUUUAUUAUUGCUGUUAGAAAAACUUAACUGCGUUUUCAGGUAUACACUGUCCUUGUAAUAAUCAUGAAUGAAAUUUAAGCUGCUGAAAGUUUUACCUUUGGUCCUGCCCCUGAAGCAUGUAACCUGUUAUACAAAUUAAAAUCAUUAGGAAUUGUU